AUGACGACCCGCUUCAAGAAGAACCGGAAGAAGCGCGGCCACGUGUCCGCCGGGCACGGGCGUGUGGGCAAGCACCGCAAGCAUCCCGGAGGCCGCGGUAACGCCGGAGGCAUGCACCACCACCGCAUCCUCUUCGACAAGUACCAUCCCGGCUACUUCGGCAAGGUCGGUAUGCGCUACUUCCACAAGCUCAGCAACAGGUUCUACACCCCGACGGUCAACGUCGAGAGGCUCUGGUCCAUGGUGCCGUCCGAGAAGGCGGCCGAGGCCGGCGGCGACAAGGCCCCCGUGGUCGACGUCUCGCAGUUCGGCUACUUCAAGGUGCUCGGCAAGGGGAUGCUGCCGGAGAAGCCCAUCGUCGUCAAGGCCAAGCUCAUCUCCAAGAUCGCAGAGAAGAAGAUCAAGGCCGCCGGCGGCGCUGUCGUGCUCGUUGCCUAG